CGAAUAAAGCAAGAUUUUGUUUAGUGAAGUGUGAAUCACCUUUGUGUGAAAUAUUCAAUCGUUUGAUUUGAUAAUCGUCGGAAAUGACCACUGCCGCUCGACCGACAUUCGAUCCGGCCCGUGGAGGCAGUGGCCGUGGCGAAAAGGAUCUUAGCGCCUUAUCCAAGCAGUACAGCAGCAGGGAUCUUCCUUCGCACACUAAACUAAAAUAUAGAGAUCCUGGUCAAGGCACUUCGGAAGAACUGCGAAGCCGUGACUUCCGUGAUGAGCUAGAAAAGCGUGAACGGGACAACAAAUCUGGAGGCAAAGCGGGACCAUCAGCGCCUCCGUCUUCGGUGGUACGGCGAGCGAUCGAAUCGAACAAUGCUAACAACAGCAAGCGCCAGAAAGUCGACGCAGGACCACAGAAUCUGGAUGCCGACGAUCCGGUAGAUAGCGAGAACUCGGAUUCCGAUUCGGACGAAGAUGACACGGCUGCGCUGCUUGCAGAGUUGAACAAAAUAAAACGUGAACGGGCACAGGAAGCAACGAAAAAGGAGCUGGAAAAGCGACAGGAAGAGGAACGCAUUCGGAUGGAGAACAUCCUGUCCGGUAAUCCGUUGCUGAACUAUGCUUCGACGGCGAAGGCCGAACUGAAGGUCAAACGACGCUGGGAUGACGAUGUGGUGUUUAAAAAUUGCGCCCGCUCCGAGCCGGAAAAGAAGGGCAGUCAGUUCAUUAACGAUUCGUUGCGGUCCGAGUUCCACAAGAAGUUUAUGGAUAAGUAUAUUAAGUAGGGUAAAGUUUUAUUAUUAUGUUCUGUAAUGUACCUAUAUAAUCUACUGUAACGUGCUUGUAAUCGUGUUCAUCUUAGAACCGAAAAGAAGUCCAAUAAAUUUAAUGAUU